ACCUAAUACUGCCAGAUCCCAGAUCCACAGGUAUAAGAUUGUUUCAAUGAACUCAUAUCCAUAUACUAUAGACUACUAGUAUUCUCCACCUCCAAAAGAAAAUGAGCCACAAAAAACCAAGAGUGAUGGCUGUACCUUUUCCCGCCCAAGGUCAUGUGAAACCCCUUCUCUUCUUUUCCGACAAGCUCGCCCAACAUGGCUUUAGAGUCACCUUCGUUUAUAAUGAACAUGACCAUAAACAAAUCUUGAGUGCCAUGAAUGACUGUGAUCGCGAGAGCAAUAAGCCAGAGAAUAUUGAGUUUGUGUCGGUCCCAGAUGGACUGAGCCCAGAGGAUAGAGCUGCUGGUGUUGGGAAUGUGUGUCAAGCUGUCUUAGACACUUUACCUGCAGAGCUUGAAAAGCUCAUAGAAACUAUAAAUGGAAACACUACUUCCGACGACGACAAGAUCAGUUGUGUCAUUCUUGAUUUUUAUUUGGGCUGUGCUUUGAAAGUUGCAACUAAGAUGGGUAUUCCAGGAGCAAUUUUUUGUCCUUCUUCGGCUGUUUCUGUCGCCUACACCAUGAAUAUGCCAAAGCUGAUACGUGAUGGGAUCGUUGAUGAUAAUGGAAGUCCAACAAAAGCCCAAAUAAUUCAACUAUCUCUUGGCAUGCCUAGUAUGGACACAUCAAAGUUACCUUGGAAGGUUGAUAACUUAGUUCAACAAAAGGCAGCAUUUGAAAUUUAUCUAGAAGCCUGUAAUGGUUUUGAAACCGCACAUUGGUGUAUGUGCAAUACAACUUAUGACAUUGAACCUGAUGCAUUUUCUUUAUUUCCAAAGCUACUACCAAUAGGUCCAUUAUUGGCAGAGAAAACUAGUAGUUCACUAGAUAUUUCUGGAUCACAAUUUUGGGCUGAAGAUACUUCUUGUUUAAAUUGGCUCGAUCAACACAAGCCUCGCUCGGUUAUAUAUGUUGCAUUUGGCAGUUUCGCAUCUCUUGAGCAAUACCAGUUUCUUGAGUUGGCUCAUGGGCUUGAGCUUACUGGUAGACCAUUCCUUUGGGUUGUUCGUCCGGGAAUUAUAUCUAAUAAUGAAGAAAACAAUGAGUUUGACCCAUUCGAAUUUUUGGGAGGAAAUAAUGAUUUUAGAAAAAUAGUCAAUUGGGCACCCCAACAAAAGGUUCUGAAACAUCCUUCUAUUGCUUGUUUUGUGAGUCAUUGUGGAUGGAACUCAACUAUGGAAGGUUUGAACAACGGAGUACCUUUUUUGUGUUGGCCCUAUUUUGCUGAUCAAUUUUUAGAUAAAGAUUACAUAUGUGAUUUUUGGAAAGUUGGAAUGGGGUUUGUAUCCAAUGAAAAUGGCAUUAUAACGAGUGAAGAGGUGAGAAAUAAAGUGGAAAAACUUCUGAGUGACGUAGAUAUAAGAGAAAGAUCCUUAGAAUUCAAAAAAAUGGGAAUGAAAAAUAUCGGUGAAGAUGGUGUGUCUUCAAAGAAUUUUAAUAAUUUCGUGAAAUGGUUGGAAGCAUUGUAGCUCAAAUCAAAUAUAUAUAUAUAUAUAUAUGGGAAUUCUCCCUUAGGCUUCACUUUAAGCCCUACCGGUGGAGCUCUCAAUGUUCUCGACUCGUGAGCAGUUUUCAGCACGAAUUUUUUUGAUGAGCGUGUAUAUUGUAGUUAUUUAGAGCAUCCUGCAAAUUUUCAGAAAAUUCCGAAUAAUUUACAGUAACGAAAAUUAGGUUCAAACAUGUUGUUGCACGCGUGAUUAAUUUUUUUUAUGUGCGUGGAAAAUAACAUGUUUGAACAUAAUUUUUGGUACGGUAAAUUUUUCGGAAUUUUCUGAAAAUUUACAGGAUGUUCUAAAUAGCUACAAUAUACACGCUCAUAAAAAAAAUCGCGCCGAAAACUGUUCACAGGUUGAGAAACACUAAGAAUCCUACCGAUAAGACUUAAAACGAAGACCCUCUAUGAAAAUUGUCCAAUAUAUUUAUUAGGUGUAUUAUGAGUAAUAAUAUAGUGAUUUUGUCAAUUGGGCUUGCUCAGGUAAUAAUAUAGUGUGUGUGAGUAUAUGUGGAAGGGGAUAAGGGUUUAAUUCCUCAUUAUAUCAAAAAAUAAUAAUAAUAAUAAUAUAGCCUGUGAUUUCACAUCUCUCCUCUUAUUGACGAGGUCAAGGUUCAAUCCCUCUCCCAACCCCAUGUAAUAAAAAAAAAUAGUAAUAAUAUAAUUUUCUCACAGAAAUUUGUCUA